AUGACUUUCUUUAAAGCAUCUAUCUAUGCAAGGGCAUGGAGAACUCCGAUAUUGUAUCAGGCCAAACAACCAAAUUUUGUUUCCGUUAGGCCGAGAUCCCGUGUUUUAUCCACCACGGUGACUCAGCAACUGCCACCUUUUACGGCAAAACUAAAGAAUUUUAUCAUUGGAACUGUCAGUAUCGUAUUUGGUGUUACCUUUUUAGAAUAUUAUUUUGAUUCAAGGGCAGCUAUUCAUAAAUAUUUUGUCACACCCGUUCUGAGAAAUGUGACUGAUGCUGAAACAAGUCAUAAAUUUGCUAUAUGGGUGGCAAAGUGGGGGUUUUGUCCAAAAGAUAGACUUGCGGACGACGAAAAAUUAGCAGUUAGAGCAUGGGGAAAAACGUUUUCUAAUCCAAUCGGCUUAGCUGCUGGAUUCGAUAAGCAUGGAGAAGCCAUCGAUAGUCUUUUUGAUCUUGGGUUUGGUUAUGUAGAGAUCGGAAGUGUCACCCCUGAACCUCAGUCCGGAAAUCCUCAACCACGUAUGUUUCGACUUCAUGAUGACAAAGCGGUAAUAAAUCGAUAUGGAUUUAAUUCAGUCGGCCACAAGAUGGUAGAACUUCGACUCCGCGAUCGUCUUCGACGUUAUCUUUAUAAGUCGGCAAAAUUUCAUCCUAGGAUCACCGCCUCUCUUCUAGCAUCUUCUCCAGAUGGUGCCUCAUUGUCUGAUGCUUUAGGAAUUAACAGAAGUUUAAAGGAUGAUAAACUAUUAGGCAUAAAUUUAGGGAAAAAUAAAUCAAGUGAUCCUGAGUCAAUAAACGAUUAUGUUAAAGGGAUAAAAUUGUUAGGACCUUAUGCUGAUGUAUUGGUUAUUAAUGUGAGCAGUCCAAAUACACCGGGAUUAAGAGGAUUGCAAAGGAAAGAUAUCUUUGAGAAGCUAUUGAAUGAGGUUAUAAUUGCUCGUAAUUCGUUGAGUGGUCCAAACCCGGCUCUUUUGGUUAAAAUUGCACCAGACCUUUCUGAUGAUGAGUUAGAUGAUAUUGCCGAUGCCGCUAUGAAAAGUGGUGUUGAUGGUAUAAUUGUGUCUAAUACUACAAUUUCUAGACCGAACUCAUUAUAUAGUGAUUCAUCAUUGGUUUCUGAAACUGGCGGUCUUUCUGGACCUCCUCUUAAACCUUUAGCGCUUAAAUCUUUACGAAGAAUAUAUAAACGUACAAAUGGUGAGCUAACUCUUAUAGGUUGUGGUGGAAUUUCUGAUGCUAAAGAUGCUCUAGAAUAUGCGCGCGCUGGGGCGACUUUAGUACAACUUUAUACCAGCUUUGCAUAUGAUGGUGUAGGCAAAGUAAGAGAGAUUAAAGACGAAAUUCUUAGCGAACUGAAGGAUAAAAAAUGGGUAGAUGUUAUUGGAGAACAAUGGAAGAAUUAA